AUGACAAAGCCCAGAGUCAUUUAUUGGUUCCGCACAGACUUGCGGUUGCAUGAUUCUCCAGCUCUCAAGGCUGCUCUGGACCUCGACCCUGAGAUACUAUGGCCGAUCUUCACCUGGGAUCCGCACUACGUAUAUCGGGUGCGAGGCGGACUCAACAGAUGGCAAUUUCUCCUCGACUGUCAAAAUGAUCUAUCCGCGUCCAUCACCAAGCUCAACUCCAAAUCCAAGCUCUUUUUGCUGCGCGAAGCCCCACAGACAGUCUUGCCCAAAAUCUUCAAGGCAUGGGGUGUAACUCACCUGGUGUUUGAAAAGGAUACCGAUAGUUAUCCCCGCGAGAGAGAUGCUGCGGUCGAAGCCGCAGCCAAAACGGCGGGCGUCAAGGUCGUCACUCGCUCUGGCCGGACACUGUGGGACAGCGACCAAAUCGUGGCCAAGAACCAUGGCAAGCCCACAAUGUCCAUCACGCAGCUUCAAGCUGCAGGCAAGAAACUGGGGCCCAUAGAUCGGCCCAUUCCGGCGCCGUCAAGUCUGCCGGACCCGGGAGACAUGCCGCUCGACUUUGAACAUGAGCAUCCUUCUAGCAAGCCAGACGUCAACUCCGUGCGACGCACGAAAAACGACACAGAGUACAAGAGCAUAGCCGGUCCCAAAGGAGACUUUGGAAUCGAGACUAUGGAGGAGCUGGGCUUUCCGUCCGCGACUACGCCUCAUAGGGGCGGUGAAACGCGGGCUCUCAAGAUGCUGGACGACAUUGCCAAGGACAAAAAGUACACUGCAACUUUUGAAAAGCCAAAGACGAGCCCUGCGCAGUUUGAGCCGCAGUCCACCACGCUCCUGUCCCCGUUUCUGCAUUUCGGCGCCCUCUCCGUGCGGGAGCUGUACUGGCGCGUGCAAGACAUUGUGACCGCGUACGGCAAAGGCGCGUCUUCGCCGCCGGCAAGCCUCACCGGUCAGCUGCUGUUCCGAGACAUGUACUUUGCCGCGCAGGCAGCCAUCGGGCCCAGCUUCACGCAAACCAACGGCAACGGCCACUGCAAGUUCAUCCCCUGGCAUCUCCCCUCCAAGGUGGAUCUGGCGACGGGCAUCAGCACCGGCGAGUACCGCGUCGACUCUCCCGAGGCGGAGCAGUGGUUUGCGCGGUGGAAGGCGGGCAUGACGGGCUUUCCGUGGAUAGACGCGCUGAUGCGCCAGCUGCGGCACGACGGCUGGAUCCACCACCUCGGCCGCCACUCGGUCGCGUGCUUCCUCACCCGCGGCGGCUGCUAUGUCGACUGGGAGCGCGGCGCCCAAGUCUUUGAGGAGUACCUCUUGGACCACGAGCCCGCCUGCAACGCCGGAAACUGGCAGUGGCUCUCCUGCACCGCCUUCUUCUCGCAGUACUUUCGCAUGUACAGCCCCGUCUCGUUUCCGCAAAAGUGGGACAAGAACGGCGACUUUGUGCGCCGUUGGGUGCCGGAGCUCAAGGACCUGCCGGCCAAGUACAUUUACGAGCCCUGGAAAGCGCCGCUGCUGGACCAGAAGCAGGCUGGCGUGCGCGUCACGGGUGACGGGCUGUCGUCGUCGUCAGACGGCGGCACAGGCAAGACGUACCCCAAGCCCUUGUUUGACUUUGGCGAGCGUCGCGAGAUUUGCCUUGCGGCCAUGAAAAAGGCCUACGAGGUGAACCUGCUGGGCGACGACGAGCGCGUGUCCAACGGCCGCUGGGUGGACUUGUUCCCCGCCAAGGGCGAGCAUGAGGACUUUCGUCAUCUUGUUCUGGAGAGUGACGACGGCGAAAAGGCGGACGAGGGCGACGAGUCGGAAGAUGCAAAUGCUGGGGAAAAGAGAGCAGCCAAGUCACUGCAGACGUCAGCGAAGAAGCAGAAAACGUGA